UUUCCUCCCACUACUUUUCUCAUGAUCUUCGUAUACCCCUUCAGGGUAUCCUCCCUGAUUCUGAGUGAAAUCCUCUCCGUAAUACCCAAUUGCAGGAAUCAUGUCAUUGAUUUCAACAGGAAUAAAUUUUGGUUUCAAAGAAUGAUUCACACCCUCAAAUUCUCUGUAUCAGAUAACAGUGAGCCUCAGUUUUCUCUGCAAGACUACGGUUCACUUUUGCGGCAUCUCGGAGAUUUGAGAGACAUAAACUAUGGGCAAUCACUUCACUCCAUCCUCAUUAAAAAUGGGUUGGAUCGAGAUGUUUUUAUACAGAACAAUAUCCUCAGAUUUUAUGCUAUUUGCCACGAUUUGAUGAAUGCCCGUCUUGUGUUUGACGAGAUGCCGGACCCAAAUUUGGUCUCUUGGACAAGCAUGAUCUCGUCUUAUGUACAACAUGGUUUUAACGACCUUGGUUUGCAGCUCUUUUAUCGUAUGUUUCAUUCGGGAUUGCGACCAAAUGAGUUCGGGUUUUCUGUGGCACUCAAGGCAUGCAGAAUUACAGGUAAUUUGAUGAUGGGUAAGGCCCUUCAUGGUCAAAUACUGAAAUAUGGAUUGGAAUUCUGCGGCUUUUGUAGUACCUCUGUUCUUGGACUAUAUGUUGAAUAUCCAAAUUUGGAUGAUGCACGCAGAUUCUUUGAUGGAAUUCCAGUAUGGGGAAAAUCUGAAGCCUUGUGGAAUACAUUGCUUGACAGUUAUGUCCAGGCUGCUGACGCUGAGGAAGCUGUCGAGUUGUUUCGGCAGAUGCUGCAGUUCAAUAUAUUGCCUACGUGUUUCUCUUAUACAAUUAUGAUUAAAUUAUGUGCUGACCUUUUGAAUGUCUACCUUGGAAGGUCUUUACAUGGCUCUAUAAUUAAGGUUGGAUUUGAAACCCAUGGUUUUGUAGGUGGAGCCCUUGUUGAUGCCUACUCAAAAUUAGGAGCCUUACAUGAUGCCUCUAAAGUGUUUUGCAGUCUUGAAGAGAAGGACAAUGUGGUCUGGAGUACUCUGCUGACUGGUUACCAUAAGAUUGGGGAUGCCGAACAAGGGCUGACCUUAUAUCUUGAAUAUGUAUCCAAAGGUUAUGAGUUAGAUCCGUUUACCUUCACAAGUGCAUUUAAUUUGUGUUCAAUUUUAGAUUCUGCAAGAGUUGGUUCGCAGAUACAUUGCAGUUUCAUUAAGAGUGGUUUCUUGCUGGAUUCUUUCGUUGGGAAUGCUGUCAUCAACAUGUAUGUCAGUGCUGGAAUGACGUCUGAUGCUUAUAAAGCUUUGCUUGAGGUUAGAGAUAAGAAUGAGAUAUGUUUCAAUGCUAUGAUUGCUGGUUUCAUUUUUAAUUCAGAGGACAUAAAAGCCCUGGAAUUGUUCUCUGAGAUGAAGGAAAUAGGAUUGAUACCGGAUCAUUCCACAAUAAGCUACACCAUCAGAGCCUGUGCAAAUCUAAAUAUGUUGGAAGAAGGUAAAGCUCUCCAUUCUCACAUAUUGAAAACUUUGGGGAAUCCUGGUUCUAAUUUAUGUACAGGGAAUGCCUUUAUCGAGAUGUAUUCAAAAUUUGGAGGAGUUGAGGAAGCCAAAAUGGCAUUUGAAGAGUUGGACAUGCCAAAUGAGUUCUCAUGGACAACUGUUAUAUUGAGUUACACUGAAUUAGAGAGGUACAGAGAAGCCUUGCAGUUGUUUCAUGAUAUGCUUCUCUCUCCAGCCCCUGUAGAACCAAGCCAGUUUACCCUUGUUGUUGUCAUUCAGGCUUGUAGAAGACUUGCGGCGCCAGAUCAAGGAAGACAACUCCAUGCUUACAUCAUAAAAGCAGGAUAUGAGGCCCAUGCUUUUGUGGGAAGUGCUCUGAUUGGCAUGUAUGCAACAAGUCCGAGUGACAUUUAUGAUGCUUCUCGAGUAUUCUCUUACAUGCCCGAACAAGAUCUCGUCUCUUGGAGCACUAUUAUUACAGCAUGGGCACAACAUGGACAUGGUGAAGAGGCUCUAAGGCUGUUCUUAGAAUUUCCCCAUGGGACCAUCCCUGUUGAUGAAUCCAUCUUAUCAAGCUGCCUCUCAGCUUGUGCGAGCUUAGCCGCAUUGAAGAGUGGCAAAUGGGUCCACUCUCACAUUAUCAAAUCUGGAUUUGAAUCUCAUAUACAUGUUGGGUCUUCUGUGAUCGAUAUGUAUUGCAAGUGUGGAAGCAUUGAAGAUGCACAAAAGUUCUUUGAUGGGAUGGAAAAACACAAUGUAGUUUCUUGGACAGCAAUGAUAUCUGGAUAUGCCCAUCAUGGGCUAAGUGAAGAGGCACUUGUCCUGUUUCAUAGGAUGACAGAAGUCGGUUUGAAACCUGAUGGCAUCACUUUCAUUGGGGUUCUUACUGCAUGCAGUCAUGUUGGGCUUGUCAAGGAAGGUUUGCAGUAUUUUGAGUCCAUUCAAAAUGAUUAUGGCUUGAAUGUAACAAUAAACCACUUUGCUUGCGUGGUUGACCUCCUUGGCCGUGCUGGAGAGUUGGAUAAAGCAGAGGCCCUAAUAAACACAGCUCCAUUUCCAUCAAAAAACCUACUGUGGAGGACCUUAUUGGGCGCCUGUAACAAGCAUGGUAAUAUACAUGUUGGCAACCGGAUAGCUGAGUUACUGGUCAAGCUAGAACCAGAUGAGCCUUCAACUUAUGUUUCUCUUUCAAAUAUUUAUGCAUCAUCCUUUAUGUGGGAUCAUUUUGUUGAGGUUAGAAACAGAAUAAAAGAAGAGAAUAUUAAUAAGCACCCUGGAUGUAGUUGGGUUGAGAUUGCAAGUUGAAAUAUUUGUGUCCUAUAUAUU